UCUUGGAGUCUAGACAAUCUUUGGCUUAUAUCAGAGGUCUCAACUGCGGACUUUAGUCAGUGUGUCUGUGUAAGCCGUGGAGUAAACACACAUUGGUGCUUAACUGGACUUAGCUACUUGAUCUUGAACUUCGCAUCUUCUAUAAAUACAGGAUGCAUAUCAAAUACGGAAGACCCGAGCCUGUGUUUGCGCAUAAGAUGGAUGCGCUGUUCAAGCGCAAAGACUGUAUGAUUGAGGUGAACCCGGGUUCAGUGCUCCUACCUCCCAAGUACCAGGACAUUGGAGAGCGCAUUAUCAACCUUGAAGUUCGACCAGAUGACGUGUGGCUGGUCUCGUUUCCACGGACAGGAAGCACAUGGACACAAGAGAUGGUUUGGUGUAUCUGCAAUGAUUUGGAUUAUGAGCGCGCCCAGCAGCCAGGAAUAUUUAGGACACCUCUCAUCGAAUUGACAGCCGUCCUAGGGAACGAGGAGGGGGACUGGAAGGAGGAGCUUGGCAAUUCGGUGGACCUAGUUGAAGCCAUGCCCAAGGGUCAGCCUCGUUUCAUCAAAACCCAUCUGCCCCUCGAACUGCUCCCAAAACAGCUGACUAUUGUUAAACCAAAGAUAGUGUACGUUGCUAGAAACCCAAAGGACAUGUGCGUCUCCUACUACCAUUACUGUAAACUAGUUCACAAUUUGGACGGCCCUUUUGAAGACUUCUGUGAACUCUUCCUGGCAAACAAAGCUCCCUAUGGACCGAUUUGGGAUCACAUUCGUGGCUUCUGGAAGCUGCACAAAGAGUCUGAUAAUGUGAUGUUUGUCAAAUACGAGGACAUGAAGAAGAACCACGUGCAGUGCAUCAAAGACACGACCAAGUUCUUCAACAAACCUGAGCUGAGCGACACUCAAAUCCAGUCGCUGAUCGACCAUCUCAGCUUCAACAAGAUGAAGGAGAACCCCGCCCUCAACUUGGAGGCCUUCCUCAAGGUCAAGAACGGCGAGAACUUCCAGAGCAAAGACGACAACGAGAAGUUCAUUCGCAAGGGAGUCAUUGGCGACUGGAAGAACUACAUGAGCCCCGAACUGUCGGCCAAGUUCGACAAAUGGAUGGAGGAGAACUUGAAGGACACCGGACUCACUUUCGAGAUGAACUAGUUCAAUUGAUGAUUAGAAGAGAACUAGUUCAUUCGCAAGGGAACUGGAAGUUUGACCAAUGGAAGACAACUUGAAGGACACUGGACUCAGUUGCGAGACGAACUAGUUCAUUCAAAGUAUGAACUAGGUCAUUCGAAGAUUCGAAAUGAAUUAUUAUUAGUUCAUUCGAAGCUUUUAGAUGAUCUAGAUCAUUCAAUAGGAAUAGUUCAAGAUAUACAUAAUAAUUUAAUAAAUAAAUACUAGUUUAAGAACUUUAGUGUAUUAGGUUGAUUUGAGUACAAACCUCCUUAAAUGUAAUAUGUUCCUCUCAGUCUCACUUAUCUACUAAUAUAAAAAUGGAACUAGUAGCAAAAUAAACCAGUUCAUCACAUAUAAUAUACAGCUAACCCAAAACAGUAGAAUAAUACUCUGAUCGAAUUGUUUUGACAGAGUUAUAUAUCUUGAUAAGAAUAUACAAUUAACAUAAUUGGUGUUUCACAUAUAUUUAACAAUUUUAAAAACAUGUAAAAGAAUACGAAAAAAUAAAAAGGCCUUCAGGAAUAAACAUUUCAAUAUUAAAGAACUUACAAGAUACUGUUAUAAUUUUCAGAAAUGAAGACCUCAAUAUUAAAAUACAGUAUUUUUUUUAAUAACUGAGUAGUGGAGAAUUUUCAGAAUUUUCCGAGUUAUUAAGCACAAGAUUAUCCAGGGAUUUAACAUCAAAACAUUGCUUUAAGCCCAUUGAAAUCCGCUUGAUUGCUAUAAACCUUGUGAUAUAGAGUAGACGAAUUGUAUUUAAUUUUUCAGCUUCUGUAUUGCAACAGUUAUAAAAUUAGUUAUUAUAAUUCUCCAAUUAGGUUUGAAGCUUGAUAUUUCAACACUGGUUAUCGCCGUUUAAAGUACGCCUACUUCUACCUACAAAAUCGUCUAAUCUCCCAUUCACAAUCUAAUCUAAUAGAGUAUAGAAUUUACUAACCACAAAUUAUAUUCCAUCUGCAUUGCUUUCAAAAGGAACAAAAACAAGUCUGAUAUGUACUUUUAUUAUAUUUUCGCACUUGGCUUUUUUGCAUGUUUUGCUUUAUGUGUGUGAGUUUAUUUUGAUUCUAUUGUUUUAAUGUUUAUUGCUUUAAAUAGCAAAUAGUUUGAAAUUUUAAUGAGAAUAAAUUAUUUGUGAUAAA